CUUUUUUUCUGAGAGAUGAUGAGAUAAGUCUCUGUUUUUAAGUGCUGGUCUUCCUCUUGUUCAGCAUCUCGUCACAGGACGGAUAAAAGAAGAGAAGAAGAAACCAUUCUGCAGCAGCCACCUUCACCAUGAAGACUCUGACUGUGUUGGCACUGGUUUGUGCCGUGACGGCUCUGACUGGAGCUGCUCCUCCUCGAGAGGAAAUGGCCGAUAAAGACCAAACAGGUGAUGUUAAUCUGGUCAAGAAGGGGACCGGACAAGGCUGCUCCGGGGCUUGGUCCAAGUCCAACGACCGGUGCCUCCUCUACGUUCCGAGACCCAUGACCUGGGCUAAAGCUGAGAAACACUGUGAGUCCUUGGGAGGACACCUCGCGUCCGUCCGCAGCCUCGACGAGUACCACAAGAUUCAGAUGAUGAUGAUAACCGCCCAUCAUGGGUACGAAGAGGCUUGGAUUGGAGGCACCGAUGCACAAGAGAGACUGUAA